CUCAUGUGAGACCUCGCACGGACACAGUUGUGAACACCAGUAACCCUGCAAAACGCGGCUCGCUGAACGAACCAGUCCCCUGCAUUGAGCACACAGAGAAGGGGAGGGGGGUUCCUGGAAACCGCCUCCUUCUUCGCCUGCGCGCCGCGGUCUGUGUUUGUGAAUCUCAAACACACCGCCUCCAUGUUGGAAAGAGAAUAUAGAAACGACUCCUCUUUUUUCUGUAAUAACUCGCAAAAACUGGGAGUUUUUAAAUUGCACUAUACCGGGACUCGAAUUGAAGCUGUGGAACCAGAAACCGGUCAUAAACUCCCCCCUCCCCCCUCUCACGGACUGCAAAAUACUAGUAGAUGUACGGGUAGGAACAUUGUGUGGGGUUUUUUGUAACAUUUUUUUUUAAAUUAUUAUUUUAUUUAGUUUUUUGUGAGGUGUGUGUGUUUUUUUGUUUCGUUUUUAUUGUGGAGGUCUGGAAUUUAAUGUGCGUCCAGAAAGGGGCCUGCCGUGCUUCUGUGGUGGUGCUCCAUGUUUGGCUGCUGAUAAUAAUUGACAGGCUGGCUAAAAAAAAAAAAAAAACAUUUUGAGAAAAAAUAAGUGAAUAAAAAAAGGAUUAUCUUUGAGUUUCCAUGGACACCACGUCCAUCAUUACCCAGGUUGCAAACCCUAAAGAGGAGGAGAUCAUUUCUUCUAGUCAGGAGAAAGUUUCCCAGUCGAACAGCUGCUUGAAGAAGCAGCGCAGUAGAAGCAUCUUCAGCACCUUGCUCUGCUGCUUCCGGAACUACAAUGCAGAGCCGCCCUCCUGCAACAACAGCAGCAGCAGCAGCAGCAGCUCCCUCCCUGCGCCCGCGGAGGAGAACGGGACACUUCCCAAGUGUGAGCAGGUGCAGGUCAUUGCAGCCCCCAGUCCUCCAGAGAAAUUCCUCCUCCCUGAGAUCAACACAUCAGAUUAUGGCAGGAAGUGCGUGGUGAUCGACUUGGAUGAAACUUUGGUGCACAGUUCUUUUAAGCCUAUCAGCAAUGCUGAUUUCAUCGUUCCUGUAGAGAUUGAUGGCACAGUCCACCAGGUUUACGUAUUGAAACGGCCGCAUGUUGACACGUUUCUGCAGAAGAUGGGGGAACUCUUUGAAUGUGUUCUCUUCACAGCUAGCCUAGCCAAGUAUGCAGACCCAGUGGCAGACCUGCUGGAUCAAUGGGGUGUGUUCAGAGCAAGGCUGUUCAGAGAAUCCUGCGUUUUCCACAGAGGGAACUAUGUCAAAGACCUGAGUCGAUUAGGAAGAGAGCUCAGCAAAGUUAUUAUAGUGGACAAUUCACCAGCAUCCUACAUCUUCCAUCCAGAAAAUGCAGUUCCUGUGCAGUCGUGGUUUGAUGACAUCACAGACACAGAGCUGAUAGAUCUGAUCCCUUUCUUUGAAGGACUGAGCAAAGAGGAGGACGUGUACAGUGUGCUUCAGAACCUCCGAAGCAGUUUUUUGGAGAUUCAUAAAGAAGCCAUCUUGGGGGCGAGCUGGUGAAGUUGGAUUUUGUAUUUUUGUUCAUGCUGCUGUGAGCGUACAGUCACCAAGUGGAGUCGACCAGCGGCUAAUGAAACUGUUCCUCACCACUGUGCCUACGCCUGGACAUACAUCACCACUGUGUGCAAUAAAGUGGGAAGACAGACUGCUUGAUGAGGCACUCCUGGUUCCUGCGCACUUCAGCUUUCUUGUGUGUGUGUGGUUUUUUUUUUUUAUAUAAAGGUUUUAUACCCAUGUUGUCAGAUACUGUAGGUGUAUCUUCUGCAGUGUGCACAGUAAAGCUCUCCUUACAGCAGACAGUGUUACCAACCUUCAGUAUAAAAACAAUAAACAGUAUAUAUUUAUAUGAUAUAAGAUAUUUGAAGGUAAGUCUAUUUUGCAGAUAUUUUCCAAUGUAUUGCUGUGAAUCCGAUAGGAUCCAGAUGCGAUGGUGGUAUUGUCAGUUCUUCAGUAACUUUGUUUGGUUUACAUGCGCAUGCUAUGUGCAAGCUGCAUGCUUUAUCUUUGUACACUAUCAUGCUCCGUAUGCACUCAGCCCAGUCUCUCCAGAACAACUCCUAUUUUUCACAUCAUAUACUAACUGCAGCGUUCAUAAUGACACGAAAUACCUUUUUAGCAACUUUAAAUAUUUUUUAUUGUAUUUUUUAUUCUGUUUUGGGUAUAAAAUGACUAGCACUGGUACUUUUUCUUGUGGAAUGGCUUGUACGUACUUCUGCUGUAUAAAACCCAGAGGUGCCCCAGGAGUCCGAAUGUUUAAGAAAUGAAAAAUAAUAUAAUAAUAAUUGUACCCUGUUUCAAGCACUACUGUUGCAGAACAAGCUGCAAUAUGAUGUGUGCUGGAGAUUCCCUGCCUAGACAGCGUGGCUCAUUGAUAACCCAGGAAACAGGAAUACAAAUAUCUACAAAGUUCAAAAUGAGUGUACAACAGGAGGCCAUGGCAGUAAGUCGUGAGCAUGUUUGUAAAGUCUUUGCAGUUUGUAAACGCCUCACACGAUUGAUAGCCAUUGUAGAUUGUAAUGGGGUUUUCCGAAACUCCUUUACACGUCUAUAGUGUGUCAUUGGAAACCACUGCAUCAGCAGAUUUGGGAAAGGACUUCACUUUGUGACUGUUAACGAGAAGGCACUUUGCUUUGUGUAAUACCCACAACAGAGAUGACAUUUAUUUGUAUUCUAUUUUAUUUUGUAUUUGCAUGUGUGAAUGUAGCGGUCGAGCACUUGACUAAGCGAAGUGUAGUUGUUGUAUUAUUAUUAUUAUUCCGUGUUUGGAUCCGCUGCUGCAGAGUGCAGGGUUUUAACUGUAGAAGAGCUUUACUGGGCCUCAUGUUUUCAGUGACGUGUUACACAGGUUUGUGUGCUAUAUCCUUCAGACAAUGACAUGUCUCAUUAAAGCACCUUUUUAAAAACACCAUUUUUAUGACUCAUCAUUUUACUGUACCAUACAUACUCCUGAAAUAAACACUGAGCUAGCCCUUUGGUUUGGAAAUGUCGAGACGGAAGCAUUGCUUUUGUUUUUAAUUGCUUUCAUUGAAAUUGAAUUGGCUUUUUUGUUUACUUUUUGGUUUCCAUGGAACGUUGAAAUUGCCUGCAUUUUUGUCUGUUUUUGAAUUAAAAAUAAAUAAAUCAAAUAAACAAUUUACACAAAACUGUUGAACAGAAUCUAAGGAUAUUCACAAUAUUUGUUCUACUCAUAAGACCA